AUGUCGGACGAGGAUUAUGCGCGAAAAUUGCAAGAGCAGUUUGACAGAGAAGCUAAAGAAUACGAUACAAUGCAGAAGAGUGACCUUGCUCUUGCACGCCACGUGGCAAAGGCUCACUCCAUCUCAGAUUCGGAGGACUCGGAUUCAGCGACAAGUCCAAACAAUACAUCCAGUCUGGAUGGCUCUGUGGAUUUGUUUGGUGAGAGCGGAGAUGGAGCAAAGUCUUUGAGUCCCCAACAUUCCUUGAUCAGCCAAGGUAAAAAAAAUUCACACACGAAGCAAACAGACAGCAGUUCCGACAUCUAUGAAGCAGACACAGAUGUGGAUGACAAGAGUGACCCAGAAACAGAAGCCAAAAGCAAGCCUGUUUGUAAAUAUGGAAGCAAGUGCUACAGGAAAAACCCAUCCCACUUAAAGGAAUUCUGUCACCCUGGUAAGCGGAAGGGCAGUGAAGGAGCAGCUUGUGAAAUACAAAACAAAAAGGUCAAAGGCAGCAAAGAUGAAAAAACACCUUUGGAUGUUUUCAACGAGUUUCAGCCUAUCAGUUUUUUUCUGACCAAAGUUCACGACAUUCCAAGCAGGUUCAACACAACUGGUGCCAUGAGUUUGAAAGAUAUUUUGUCGAAGUCCAUGGGAGAACUGAAAGAAUCCUGCCACUUUAAUUUCAUGUUUGACAUUCCCUGGCUGGUCAAGCAGUAUCCUGAGGAGUAUAGGAAGCUGCCGCUGCUGUUGGUUCAUGGGGAUCAAGGCAGGGACGAGCUGGGUAUGAAAGCUGAUGCCCAGCACUACUCUAAUAUCACAUUUUGUAGAGCACCUUUAGAAAUACCAUAUGGGACUCAUCAUACGAAGAUGAUGUUACUGUUGUACAGCAAUGGUUUGAGGGUGGUAGUACACACAGCAAACCUCAUUGAGAACGACUGGCACCAGAAAACACAAGGUGUGUUCAUCAUUGGUUCCGUGCCAGGCAGGCACACACUUGCCAGCAAACAGCUCUGGGGACAUCUCAAGUUGAGGAAGGUCCUAUCCAGCCAAGGCCCAGAUGGAGGGUUAGUGAAAAACUGGCCUGUGGUUGGUCAGUUCUCAAGUAUUGGAUCGUUAGGUCCAAACAAGGAAGCCUGGCUUCUGAGUGAAUUGGGUCAGUCCUUGUGCGCUUGCAGGAAUAGCUGUGUUGGAUCUGCGUCUCCGUCAAAACUUCAUCUGAUUUUCCCGUCCAAAGACAACAUCCGACUGAGUCUCGAGGGGUACAACGGAGGAGGCUGUGUGCCGUAUAGCAUCAAGACAGCAUCCAAGCAGCCAUGGUUAACUGAACUGUUCUGUCAGUGGGUGUCGGAGGGCAGAGGUCGGACCCGAGCUGUUCCACACAUCAAAACCUACACUAGAUUCUCACCUGAUGGAAGCCAGGCUGCGUGGUUUCUGGUCAGCAGUGCAAAUUUAUCAAAAGCUGCCUGGGGUGUGUUGGAAAAGCAGGGAAGUCAGUUAAUGAUACGUUCGUACGAGCUUGGAGUGUUGUUUCUACCCCAGUUCUUUGGUUCCAAAAAUGCCUUCCCUGUAACAAGCAGAGCUGAAGAUGUUGCAGGAACAGACAAGCCACUGCUGCCUCUGCCGUACGAUCUUCCACCAACAUCAUACGUCCGAGGAGAUCGGCCCUGGUUCUGUGAUGUUCCAUGUAUGGAUCUGCCAGACUCUCACGGCACCAUGUGGUGUCCACCGUUAUAG